CACAUGGACCUUGACCACCACCACCACCACCACCACCACUACCACCAUGCCUGUCCACUACCGCCUCCAUCAACUACUCUCCCCGUGUUUACUGCAUCCAUACAUAUAUACACUCCCCUUGACCUCGACCCACUGCUUCCCUCCCUCUUCCCUUUCAAGCACAUGGCAUCUACCACCCUAACCCUUAACCAAUCCCUCGACAUACCAUAGCCAUACCACCAUUCAACAUCCGCAUCAACAUCAUCUUGGUGUCGAACCCUCAAGAUGCGGUCACGAACUGGAUGCUUGACCUGCCGUCAGCGAAAGCUGAAGUGUGACGAGAAGAAACCCAAGUGUGGACAAUGCUGCAAGGCUACUCGGGAAUGCAUUCCCAGCUCAGGCAUCGUUUUCCGUCACCAGCACAACGCCUCCAUGAACGGCGACGAUUCCUCUGAUGAGAACACACUCAAGGGCUUCUACGCCUACAAGAACACCUUCAACGACGAGACCAUAUGGCUAGACGUCCCCAAGCACAUCACGUUCAUCAACACAUCCAAUCCCUAUCUGGACGACGGGACUUCUGACCUCGAUACCAUGUCUGCCACUUCCAUGGACUCUCCCGCUCCUUUUGAACCCCGAUCGAUCCCAACCUCUUCAUGGCCAGGUGCCAGUCACAUGCACACUGUAACAAGCAGUCCGUCGAGCACAAGCCCAGAGCUUCUCGCACCAGCUGCUACCAGUGCUCACUUCUCCUUCAUGCAACCAGACCAUGACCUCUUCUCCCCAUUCGACAGGCCAGCCAUGCUCCAAACACCUCCCACAUCAACAGCAGGAACGCCCGUCUCGCCACCCCUCUCACUGCCCAACUACCACUUCAACCAUCUCGUCCUAGACCAAUGCAUGACCCCUCCGAUCGAUCCCCGCCUCAACUCCCCGUUCGACAUUGACCAAAUCCCUCGCUCCGUCUCCGUGCCUCGCCGCACAUCCUCCCGAUCAAGCUUCAACCCUUCCUCCGAACAGGACCACGAGGUCGCCUACCUCCUCCGUUGGUUUUCCGAGGGCCCUGGCUACUGGAUGGACCUCUACGACAUGGGGAAGUACUUCUCGUCCUAUGUUCCCAUCAAGGCUACUGAUAGCCCGUUGCUCAAGUACGCCGCCCUUGCCUACGCAGCCAAGUCUCUUGCCCGACUUCAGGGAAAGAGGACGACUGCCACGGGAGCCAGGCCCUACUCGGAUGCUCAAUUGGUCGACUGGUCUCACAAGGCGACUCAAUACUACGAUUCUGCCGUCUCUCUCCUGCUACAGGCCCUGAAAGGUGAUGCCAUGUACAGCACAGACUCCGACUCGGAUUGCGAGCAGAAGUUUGAGCUCGACAGGUUCGCCCGCAGGCGAGCAGUCCAAUCACCAAGGCGCCGCCGCACAUCAAGCAACGCCUCCAAGUACAACCAGGAUGACGUCCUCGCAGCAUCGGCCAUCCUCUGCGUCUACGAAUCGUUGGACGCCUCCAUGUCGGAGUGGGCGAAGCACCUCAACGGAGCCAAGUCACUUCUCGUCAUGUCCCAGGAACGCCUCACUCCAAUGCAGGUAAGGGCGCCGUCGCCAACCGCCUCUCUGGGAUUCGUCUCCAAGACUCGACGGGCAGCCUUCUGGAAUGUGGCAAGGCAGGAUAUGUGGGCAGCUUUCAUCAACAAGACUCACACGCGACUUGAUACCGAGGACCUUCCCUUGUGGAGGGACGCAGGACUCCUCAUUGAUGAUCACGGCUUCAUCAUUCCCAGCAACACCUUCGACAAUGGAUACCCCGAAGGCGACGGAAUGAUGAAGGAGGACAUCAUCUCAAACACCCUCGUCUGGCUCAUGGCCAAGCUCGUCAACUUCAUGGCAGCUGGCGACGAGGUUCCCGUGGACUUCUCCAACACCUGGGGCGGAGUUCCCCAGCGGUCACUGUCGGACUGCUGGUACCAGCUCCGCCAGCAAUUCCAGACGUGGUACGACGCCCUCCCCGUCACCUUUCAGCCCUGCUCGAAGGUCGAGAGCCCACGGUCGCCGGGGCACCAGCUCGACGGAGACGACGCCAUGUUCCCCGAGAUAUGGUACAGCAUGCCGAUGUGUGCAUCCACGAUGCAAUGCUACCACAUGAGUCAGAUCCAACUGCUCAUGAACAAGCCACACGAGUCGACCCAGGGCCGGACUAGCGUGUUCGAGCGCCUCAACUCCUAUCAGUCCGUGCUGGCCGCCUCCCAAGUCCACAGCCGGGAGAUCAUUGGCAUCUCGCUGGCACGCUCUGACGACGCGAUGCGCGUACACUCGGUUCAGCCGCUCUUCACUGCGGGCCAGUGCCUGAGCGACGUGCGCGAGCGCCAGGUCGUGUUGAACCUCCUCCAGGAUGUCGAGGCCGAGACGGGUUGGGCGACCGACUAUCGCGUCAAGCAAUUGGCCCAGCAGUGGCAGUGGGAGGAGAACGAGUCUGCCGUCCCCUGAACACUCUUUGCUUGGUUCCGACGAAUCAACAAUCAUCGCAACUAAAUGCCUCACCAUCAUCCUCGCCCGCAAUGGCGAAAAAAAAAUUAAAAAAAGUC